UUUCAUUCAUUCAUCAUCUUGUCAUUAAAAAGCCGUGUCGUCUCGCUUGUUGGCAAUUUUAUUAAUUGCCCUAAAUAUUAUGCGCGAUCGAAUAUAAUUAAUGGUGCGGGUGCAGUGGUAAUUUGGCACUAAAUUCUUCUUUGGCUGCCAAUACGUGUGGAACCAUGACGUCGUUUCUCAGUUUUAAGAAGCAGUAUAUUGCUCUCGGGAUGCUGGUGUUCAUAGCUCUGUUUUUCUUCAAUACGAGGCCGGCAUCAAUACAAUGCCAGGUUCCUCAAUUGGAGGAGCUUCCAGCUAGUGUUGCUUCUACCAAUAGCAACCUUCCUACGAUCUAUGGCAUCACACCGACUUACGCCAGGCUUGCCCAGAAAGCGGACUUGACAAGACUAUCUCAAACUCUGAUGCUUGUGAAGAAUUUUCAUUGGAUUGUCAUAGAGGAUGCUGAAAAUAAGACCCCAUUAGUGGCAAACUUACUCAGAGACUCCGGCCUAAAGUAUACACAUCUGAACAUCAAAACUGAGAAAGAAAAGGCCAAGAAAGCAAUGGCAUCAGGCGUGGAGCAAAGGAACAAGGCACUGGAGUGGCUGCGCGAACAUCUGCGCGGGCUCAGGGACGAGGAGCGGAUAGGAGUUGUCUACUUCAUGGACGAUGACAACACUUACGCACUGAAAGUGUUUGAAGAGAUGCGCAAAAUCAACAAAGUGGGCGUCUGGCCGGUCGGCAUAGUCGGCGGCAUGAUGGUGGAAAUGCCCAUCAUCACAAACGGCAAGGUGUCAGGGUUCAACGCCCUGUGGAAGCCGUUUCGACCCUUCCCUAUCGACAUGGCAGGCUUCGCGGUCGCCGCCAACCUGUUCUUAGAACAUCCGGAGGCUAAGUUCUCGAGGAAGGUGCAAUCCGGAUUUCAGGAGAGCGUGAUCCUCAACUACUUUGUGAAGAAGGAAGACCUGGAGCCUCUAGCCGACAACUGCACAAAGGUGUACGUCUGGCACACGAGGACACAGAAGCCAAGCAUAUCCAAGGCGGGAAAGGCGAUGACAUACAACCACAUAGAAGUCUGAAUCUAGAACACGGUGUUUUGAAAUUCCUUGAAGCCCCUGUGAGGUAAAUGAGCUCUGAUUUUCUGUUGAUAUUUUACCAAGCGAGCUUUGGUAUUGAUUUAAGAGCUGUAUUAGAAAAGUAUGUUUUCAUUUCGUACUUCAACAAAUUGCGCCUUUGUUGGCUAUGGGAGUUGAAGGUACAGUAAGGAUAGUCAAAGAUAUUUCUAUGAUGGCUCUUAUAGUGAUAUUAUUACGAUAAAAGUUUAUCAUGAUUAAUGAUUAGGCUUUGCCCUGUCAUUAAUAUAAUGGUCAAUAAUCAAACUUGGGAAAAGGCAUGUGUGUUAAUGCGUUUAUUUGCAAUAUUUUGUGUAAUUUAAGUCAUAACUUCCCUUCGUUACGCUAUUUAUACAAAUGACGUGAAAGGGUCGAAUUAGGUAGCAAAAUAUUCGUAAGUGUUGUACGGAAAUGAACACUAGGCUAUUUAAAUUGGAAUAAACUUUAAAAAGAAUACUCAUUCAUCAAAACGCUACGUAAAUAUUCAUGCCAAAUUAUUUUACUAAAUUGAUUAAAGUUUAGAAUCGAAUAUGUUAGUAUAUAUUAGUAUAUUAAAUUAUUUGUGAUGAAUAAAAUUUUCGCACAAAGUCAAAACAAUAUGAUUAAAUUUAAAUAUUGAAUUUGGUCUUUGUUUUGCAAGACUGCAGGCAUUUAUGUGCCUAUAAAAAUGCUUAUAUGAUUCGACUUUCAUAAAAUAUACUCAUAGUUAAUAUUAUGAAUAAAAAUACACGUUACUAAUAAAAAUUUACACUUUGUAAAAUUCCCAACAUUCCAAACUAUGUUUUCGCAUUAUUAUUGAGUGUCUAGUAAAAGUAUACGAUACGAAUGAUACUGAAAAAAAGCUUAUACUUGAUGUAAAUUUUUAUGCACCCGAUUUAUUUACAUGAUCUACUGUUAAAAAUGAACAACCCAUUCCCACAAAAAACCUCGCAAAUAAACUUUUUUUUUAAACUUAUACCAAUUUAAAGUAAUAUCAUUCUUUGUAUGAGAAAUUCAAAACUUGACAGCGUCCGAUGGUUUGUUUCUUUAGUAAAGUUGCUCAGUUUGACCAGUAGAUCGUGUUGUGGUCUUGGAUAAAAGAGUAGACUUUAGUACACGGUACACAUAAAAAAUGACAAGAUACUUUUAACAUUAUUAUACUCCCUAAUGAAUAUUUACUUCUUCCAUUCCUACUAACCAGCCUUUUCAGUAUUAAGAUAAUAUUCGUAAUAAUUAUGAAGUCCCUACAUUAUAUCUACAGUCACAACUCAUUGUAUUUAAUCAUUGUACCUAUAAUCAUGUAAUCAUCAGGCAAUCUAUGUUCUAGACGAAUAAAUUAUGUAUAACUUAUACAUUAUUAAAAAGGUAGACAAACACAAUAAUUAACUAAAAAAAAACACGUAUAGCAACCCCGAAAUAUACAUAUUUUUUUCAUUUAUGACGUAAUAUAGUAUAUUAUGUAAUGAUGAUUUCUCCUCUCAAGAUUUCCAGUAAUUUUGCUCUAAUAAAUAUAGUUAAAUAUACUGACUCCGAUUGGUCAGCACAUGGCCGCCUAUAAAAUACAAGAUCUCUAUUUACUAAACUAACCUUAACCUAAAUUCGGUACUUUUAGUACUCAUGUAAAUCCCUGUAUGACAUAAAAUGAGAUUAUUUAUCAGCGGUAUCUCUUUAUUGUUACUGCCAUUUUUAACUACUAUUUGUUUAUUUCGGUUAUGUAGAUUUAACUUACUUACCACAUAAUGUUUAAGCAAUCUAGGUAGAUUAAAAAAAAUAAUGACAAGAAACUUCCCUUUCAUAUAUAAAAUUAAACUAAAAAAGUACCUAUCACAAAAUAAUAUUUCAACAAAAUUUAAUAUCCAGUUAUUUGUUCUAUACUACUUACCUACCUAGUAUAUAUUUUAAAAUAAUCUGUGUGCAGUCAUAUCUGACUUGAUGAGUUUGGCUUAUACUAAGUUAGGUGAAAUAGAAAUAAAUUGAUAUAAUUAAAUGCUAAUAGACUUUCUACUCAUACUCGAAAUUUUGCUUAUUUUUUCCUCAGCAUAUUAGUACAGACGUACAGUCAACUCCAUAAAUUAAUACUUACGUAGGUAUUCACCAUUGUGAAUACACUUCGACAUUUCGGUCCAAAUUUGAAUGUUUUGGAAGUUGAUUACACUUCUUACAUCAUCGGCGUCCACUUCUGGACAUGGGCCUCACCAGAGAACCGUCAUAAUAUUUGCUGACGUACUCAUUUUGUAAAUAUUAGAUCGUAAUAUAUUUUAUUUAUUUUUCAAAAAAAUAUUUUUAUCUUUUUACUAACACCUAAGUAUAUUUUUUUCAAGAUAUUUUUUUUAUAAGUCGUUCUAUUUAAAUGCUAUGUUUUAUUUUAUAUUUAUUUAAGAAGUUAAUUUUAUGUAACUCAUUUGAUAUUUCCUUUGUCUAUUUUGACUCUCUUUUUGAAAUAGACAACGUAAAUACAUUGUUGUUUAAGCUUAUAAUUUGUAGAACAAAAUGUAAUUGAUGUAGUCACUAUUAUAAUUAUAAACUAUACAACGCAAUGAAGUUUCAGUAUGGCCUAAAUUAAAUCACACCCCAUUUAAUAAAAAAAUAUGGUGAUAAAGUAGUAUUCUUAAUGUUCUGCUGUUCAAAAAGUUUAAUUAGUAAAACUAUGUAUUAUAAUAUAAGGUAAAAAAUAUUUCGUAUGUCUGUAUGUAUAUGUAUACAGGUUUUUGUAACAAAGUUUGGUUUGGUGAUUCUGAAUAACUUUGUUCUGGGAGUUAAAAAAAUGCAUAGAAAAUUUAGUUUUACUUUAACUCCAACUGAAUUUACUUUUUGAAGAAAAAGAAAGAGGAGGUUCUCAAUACGCCUGUAUGUAUAGUAUGUUAUUUUUUUGUUAAUGAAGAUAAGUGAAGAUAAAUAUUGAAUAUCUUAUGAAGAUCUUAGAAUAAUUAAAAAUAUUCUUGGAUACCAAUGCAUGCACAUACCAGUAAAAUUACACAAUUCAAUUGGGCGACCCCUACAUAAAGUUAGCUUACUACAUUAUGUGUUCCUUUUACAAGGUUAUAUAAGACAGUACUAAGUAUAAUCUAGAUAUUAAAAUAUAAUAUAUUAUGUUUUAUGAAUUGUAAACUCCUAAACAUGCAUUAUCCUAUUUUAUGUUUAGGAAAGCCAUUUGUACUUAACACUUAGGUUAGGUACGUAACCAAAAGAAAUUAUAAAACUUUAAUACUCACAAGAUUUGUUGACAUGAAGUACCUAAUUCAUUCCAAAUAUUAUAUUCCCUGAAUUCCUUAAUUCUGCAUUAUACCUUAAUAUUAUAAAUUAUAAUGAGUAUUGGAUGGUCAGCUAUAGUAGCUAAGUAUAAUUACUUAUACACUUUUGAACUUGUGUUAAAAUUACAAACCUUCAAUGUUUGAAUGAAUAGGCGAUUAGUUUGACAAGGUACAAAAGUGUAUAGCUACUAAUGAAGACUGUAUCUAAUCAGCUUCUGUCGCAAUAAUUAUUAUAAUUAUUAUUCUCCAUGUAUGAUUUUAUAUGCAAUUUGUUAUACUUUUUUUCUAGUUUUAAGUUAAAUACCUGUGUAAAUAGUGCAUAUCAUUUGUACCUAUUAUUAAAACCUAUGUAUGUAUAUGUGUAGUGGAAAAUAAAUUAUUCCAUACCAAAAGUGA